AUGAAACGAAGAAUUCUAGAUGCUGCGCCUCCUUCCCCUCGUCAUAGGAUGACGAAACGCUCUCGUAACGCGUUCACCGCCAAGGAGAAAUUGCACUGGCUGGCCAUGUUGGAGUCACAACCUGACCUCAGCAUCCGUGGCUUGACGAAGCUCGCCAAGGUGCAGGGAGGCGACUCAAGGAGCGUCUCGAGGCCCCGCUCUGGGAACUUGAAGAAGCCCCCCCCUGAAGUGAUCCUGAAGUGGAUCGUCGAGUCAUGGGCUGAUGUGCUAGAGGAGCUGGUGAAGAAAGCUUUCCUCACGUGCAGCAUCUCCAGUGCCGAAGACGGGAGCGAGGAUCAUCUGAUCCUGGCUCACCUGCGGGACAAGGCGGAAUUGGAGGUGCUGGAGGAUGUGCUGGACGAGGGGGAGGAGGGGGUGAACCCCAACCCGUUCUACGAAGACCCCUCACACGCCCCUGAGCCCGCCGCCACCAAGGACGAUGAGGCAGAGGACGAGGAGGAAGGGCUUGCAGGGGAGGAGGAUGUGGUGGAUGCUGCUGCCGAGGAAGGGGAUGUGAUGGCUCCGGAGGAGGAGGGGGAUGAGGCAGAUGCAGAGAUGGGAGGUGCGGACGAGUGGAGUGAGGAUGGAGACGACUGGUGGGCAGCAGGCCGCUAUGAGGGAGAGGAAGUGGAGGAGUGGGUUGCAGGCGAGGAUGAGUGA